CAGGGGACGAACAUGAUCAUCCGCCGUCGCUGCCUGGGAGAGAGGAAAGGAGACAGUUUUGGAUACAAAGUUUGGGCCAAAGAGCGCGGUUUUAAAUCCCCAGAAGUGAGACGCUCGUCGGGGUCUCUCCCGACCGCGACAUGGACGCGCUGAGAUCAGCUGGACGGGCGAUUAUCCGGAGCCCCAGCGUGGCCAAGCAGUCCUGGGCUGCGGGGAGGCACAAAAAGCUUCCGGAGAACUGGACGGACACAAGAGAGACCCUGCUGGAGGGGAUGGUGUUCCAGCUCAAGUACCUGGGGGUCACGAUGGUGGAGCAGCCCAAAGGAGAGGAGUUGUCUGCAGCAGCUGUCAAGAGGAUAGUAGCCACGGCCAAAGCCAGUGGAAAGAAACUCCAGAAAGUCACAUUAACGGUCUCCCCGAGGGGAAUCAUCCUGUACGACAGUGCCUCAAACCAGCUGAUAGAAAAUAUCUCCAUAUACAGAAUAUCAUAUUGCACUGCAGACAGGAUGCAUGACAAAGUGUUCGCCUACAUCGUCCAAAGCCAACACAACGAGAGUCUCGAGUGUCAUGCUUUCCUGUGCUCAAAGAGAAAAAUGGCUCAGGCGGUAACCCUAACGGUGGCUCAGGCUUUCAGAGUGGCGUUUGAGUUCUGGCAGGCUGCCAAGGAAGAGAAGGAAAAGCGAGAAAAGACGGGUUCAGACGGAGAAGGAGCAAGCAACUCUCAGUCGGACAGCUCAGCCAGUCUGGGCAGCCUUAAAGGAGGAGAUGCAGCCACAGCAACCCUUCUGGAUUUUGCAGGAGCCAAUGCAGCGCAGGUUCACUCAGGAACAAAGCAGACUGAUUCAAAUCCCUUUACGGUGCAUAAUCACGCAACCGAAAACAACAAUACAGUAUGGGAGUUGGAGGAUGGUCUGGAUGAGGCUUUCUCAAGCCGCAGUCUGGAUAGCUUUGAAUCCUACUCAGACUCGCUGAGUCUCGCACUAACCCCCAGGUCCUGGACAUUGGGGUAAAUCCUCAGGACUUCAACCCUGAAGAGUGCCUGUCCCCGGGCAAAUGGGACCAAGACGAGACAGAUUUAAAUGCACAAAAAGACACUUUUGGGUUUUAAUGUGAAAGCCUCCAUGGAGAAGUGAAAACCAGGUGAGGAGAAACGGGGGUAACGCAGAGACACUGGUGACGACGGUGAGGUUUCCUGCCUUCUCCCUGUUGCCGCGUCCUCUCACUGCUGCACCGACACGACCAGAGAAGGACCGGAGCCGACGGCUCCCACAACAGGCCAAAGCAAUACAAACCAGUUUAUACUUUUUUAUGAAAACCCAUGCAGUUACUUCAUUGUUUUGUUGUUGUCGGUGUACGUUUAUCUUUUGUGUUUACCCACUAACUGAUGACAGUAUGUUUAUGUAUAUUGCGUUACAGAAAGUAUGUGCGUGCAUACAGAAUAUAAAUAUAGAUAUGAGAGCCAUGACGUUUGAAAAUGGUGAGGUAAACUCGCAUAAGAAUACCAUUUUUAUUUUAUAUACUGAAAGUAAAAUGUAACUGGAUUAGAGGGAAACUUACCGGUCAAGCUGCCAGUAAGAAGCACCAGUUCCAUACUGGAUCAAACAGUGAAAUUACUACCUACAUGCUUCAAGACUUCAGCUUCGUACUGAGCAACACAAGCUUUAAAAAAAAAAGAAAGGAGAAAAAAAAAGUGUGCAUUUUGGUUUUUGACAAACGGAACAAGACAAUCUUUUUUUUUUUUUUUUUUUU